UGUGAGGUUAUUUUGGGGGUUUGCUUCACACAGUUGUUGUCUUUACAUCUGCUGUGUCACUGAGCCCUCUUCACGACUCUCCUUCUUCCUGGCUCGUUGUGCUACAUAGAAAGAAUGGAAAAUACUAUCAAGCCCUCCGAACCCAUAACUGACCAGCCACAGACUACCUGUGUUGCUAGCAGUGACACCCCAGUACCAGGAAUCAAUGGGACAGAUAGGGAGGAGAAAGACGAACUAAAGGACCUGGUUCAAGAAUCUAACCUCGAGAGGAUCGACCGUGAUAUUUCGGAAGAGCUCGGGCGACAGCUGGAAGACAUCAUUAACACAUAUGGAUCAGCAUCAAGCUUAGUGGAACAGCAAUCUGCCGGCAGGGAGGCUGAAGAUGCUGACAAAGGAGAAUCCCUGAGUCAGGGGGAAACUGAGGAGAGCAAUGAGGAGCAAUCUGUUGCUGCAGAGGUCACUGUGGCCAAAGACACAGAUUCAAGCAAAGAACAGAAGCUGGAGAAGAAGAUCAUCAAAGGCCUGGGAAAGGAAGCCACUUUGCUAAUGCAAAAUUUGAAUAAGCUGAAUACUCCAGAGGAGAAGCUGGAAGCACUUUUCAAGAAGUAUGCAGAACUGCUGGAGGAACACAGAUCUGAGCAGAAACAACUCAAAGCCCUUCAGAAGAAGCAGGUCCAGAUCACCAAAGAGAAAGACCAGCUCCAGAGUGAACACAGCAGGGCUAUCUUGGCUCGCAGCAAGCUGGAGAGCUUGUGCAGAGAGCUGCAGAGACACAACAAGACUCUAAAGGAGGAAACACUGCAACGAUGUCGAGAAGAUGAGGAGAAACGCAAGGAGAUAACCACUCACUUUCAAAGCACGCUGAAUGACAUCCAGGCCCAGAUUGAGCAGCACAGUGAUAGGAACAAUAAGCUGUGCCAAGAGAACACAGACUUGGCUGAGAAGCUCAAAGGAAUUAUUGAACAGUACGAGCAGAGAGAAGAGCACCUUGAUAAGAUCUUCAAGCAUCGUGACUUGCAGCAGAAACUAGUGGAUGCCAAGCUUGAGCAGGCCCAAAUGCAGAUGAAAGAGGCAGAGGAAAGGCAUGCCAGAGAAAAGGAAUAUUUACUGACCCAAGCUGCUGAGUGGAAACUACAGGCUAAUCUUCUGAAAGAGCAGGAGACAGUGAUGAAGGCACAGCUCACACUGUACUCUGAAAAGUUUGAAGAGUUCCAGGGGUCAUUAGCCAAGAGCAAUGAUGUGUUUUCAAAUUUCAAGCAGGAAAUGGAUAAGAUGACGAAAAAAAUGAAAAAGUUAGAGAAAGAAUCAACCGUCUGGAGGACUCGCUUUGAGAGCAGUAACAAGGCUCUUGUGGAUAUGAUUGAAGAGAAAGCUCUAAGGGACAAAGAGUUCGAAUGUUUCUCACUGAAGAUCCAGAGGCUUGAGAACCUGUGCCGGGCCCUGCAGGAUGAGAGAACUACGCUUUACAAGAAGAUUGCAGAAGUCCGGAAUGUGAGAGAGGAGUCUAAGGAGAAAGAAGAAGUGGUGAAAGAAGAAUUAACUCAAGAAUUAACCUGGCCCAAAGAGCUGAUGGCUUUGAAGGCUGAAGAAGCUCGCCUGCAGACCAUAGCUGCCUCCUUCAUGGUCUCCCAUGUCUUGGAAGAGCCUCCUGAGAGUUCUGAUAGCUUAGAGGACUCUGAAGCUUCAGAGGCCACACGUGCAAAGCCUUCUCAAGAAGCAGCAGAGUUAGCUAAUGCAACCAAACCCGAUUCAGUUCCUCCAAUCUCUAAUGGUAACCCAGAAGAACCUGACAACACCAAGCCAUGUACCACACAGGAGAAGAUGGACAGUGAUAUAGAAGCAGUAGACUAAUAUUCAAUCUGGAAAUGGAAGUUAGAUUCUGUAUGACUGCCUAAAGUGCCUUUCCUUGUUUGAUGCUAUUAUUCAAGUUGUUAGCCCAAUAGUGGCUCAGUAUUUUCUAGUACUAAAACUAAGUUUUUUUCAUGAUAAAUGUAAAAUGAAAAUGUUGUAAUGGCUUUUAUAACAAUUAGAGUGCAAAGUCUACCUAGGGCAGGAAGCAAUGUUAAGAACCUUAACUACAGAGACUUGUGGAUGGGCUCACUAUCCAUAAAAAGUUUAAACUCUUAGAAAAGCCUUUUUACCAGAAAAGAUUUGUAUUUUCCAAUGAGACUUUUGCCUUCUUCAAAACAUACAGUAUAUUAGGAAAAUGUACCUAUCCACCCACAUUGUAGAAUUUGAACACAUCUUUUUUGUUCAAAUUAACAAUAAUAACCUCAAAUUAAUUGAAAUACAGACUGAAUAACCCAUUAUCUUAAAGCGGGUUUUGGAUUAAAAGUUUUAGGAGCUCAAGUUUUGGUCUGCAUAGGUAUUAUGUUGGAGGUACCUUUUUGUUGUUUUAAUUAAUUUAGGUCUCUUUAUUACAUGUCAUAUAUUUUCAACUUAGUUUAUAGUACUCCAUUUUUACUUAUUUUUGCCCUUGUUGACCUUCCUAGUGAACUCUGAUUUCAGGAUAUACCCAAACAUAUGAAGGCAAAAAGGCCCCUUCGACACUAAGCCUUUGUUGCAUUAAAGGUGUAUACAUAGUUUGUGUUUAUACUAAUACUGAUUCUUUUUCUUUCCUUACAAGCAUUCAGCAGUCCUGAAUAACACUUCAAAACCACAAAAUAACUAUAAUCAAUAAGCAAAAUAUAAAUUAAGGACUUAUACCUCUCCAAUGAAUACUGAUCAGACAUCUAUUGUUUUGAGUGGAGGGACGCUGUGCAUUUCUUCUGUGAUAGCCUUUUUCAGGGAAAUAACUGUGUUACUAGCAGCAACAACAAGCUGCUCCAGCCAGGGCACAGCAACAAGCAUGAUGUCAGGGACACUCAUGUUGUCAUGGUAACACAUACUGCAGAUUCACUCGUGACAUCAAAGGACUGGAUACAGCAGGUUAUUUAUGGAGGUUGACAAAAUGAGUGAAAAAUUAAGCCUGUUUUUGUUGUGUUUGUAUAUGAGUUGGGUGCUAACAAGGCUGGGGGGAACAAAAAGGAUGAAACUUGUAAAAACUGCAAUAAAAAACCACAGCAUAAUGUUGCAUGUGCCCCCACAGCAUUUCUUUCUUGAAAGAAAAAAAAUAUUCUGCUCCCACUUCUAUUAGUGUUACUAUAUUUAUUGCUAUUCUAAAUAAAAUAUACAGCAUUUGACUCA